AUGAUACACGGUGAAGCUCGCCCUGAGGAGCCUGAGGCAUUGCCUACCAAAGAUAGCAAUUACCAGGAUUUUUGGAAGUCGUUGUACGUACACCAGAAUUCGCAACUGCAGGGUGACGGUGUUUCGGAAGUUUGCCAUUGCGGCCGUGAAGACCAGAAACGAAACAAAGAUGCAGUUUUUGUCGAGGACCGCUUCAUUACAUUGCCUGGACAUGAAUCAUCGCUUUCGUACUUUGGAUGGUUUGGUGGCUGGUCGUUCCACGGAUAUUUCAAUGCCUCGGGCGAGCGGCCCACUCAAGCCAGCUGCCCAGUUGGGAAGUGCACCUCGCCAUUCCGUUGGACAAUCAAGCAGCCAGGAUGGCAGGAUGCUGCAGGAGUCGUGACCCUGCUGAGUAAUGUUGUCAAGAAGAUGCAGCCCAAGCCGACUCACGUUGUGGUCAAUUCUGGUAAGUGGGGUCAUCUGAGUGUGCACGGCCUGAACAAGCUGUUUGCUGCUGGUGCUGAGAUCCAGAGGCGUGAUGGGAUCCAGUUCAUGUGGAAAACCGUAUCCCAUUCGAGAAGUGACACAAGCAGCGCGCAUGAUAAGUUUGUAGAGAAGGAGGUGAAGCUUGCGCGGCAAUAUGGGUGGGAAGUGUUUGACGCAUACAAGAUGACCUCCAGCUAUCCUCUGCGAGGGCAGUACUACAAGGACGAGCUUCAUUUUUCCCAGAGGGUCGUGACACGCCUCAACCGUUUGUACUUGGAGAAGCUGUUGAAGUCUCUGCAAUAG